GAGAGUGUUUUAUCGGUGCUUUGGAAUAAUUUAUUGGCAAAGGAAUAUAAUUUAAUUUGAGAUACAUUCUUAAAACUGCUUGUCUACAGACACAGUGGACUCUACAAUACCGCAAGUGUUACGGGACAGGCGAUCGCGAGUUCGUCAGGCGGUACUGUCACCAUCAUCGAAAAAGACGACGACAGGGAAAACGGUAACAACGGUGUCGUCGAAACUAGCGACAUUAUGUUGACCAUGGAAUCCGACAUGAAAGGGGGUGGUAUCCUACAUGCCACAAUGCCUCCGCACCACCCGUCCUCUCUGCACGGCCACAGUACUUCGCCAUACGGAGCACUGGGAUCGCUGAGCAUGAUGAACAUCGGUCAGUCGCAACUUUCUUCCCAUCAGACAUCGGCUGCCCAGCAGCAUCACCUGCUUGGCGGUGGUGGCGGCCAUCAGCAGCAUCAUAUGAGUCACGGAUUAAGUAGCAACAACAGCAGCAGCAGCAGCAACAACAAUAACAGUAGUGGAUAUGGUAGUCCUCUGCAGCAACCGGUUUCUGGGCUAAGUCCGACCGGUCUGGUUAGCGGGCAAGGACAUUCGCAGCACAGUUCGCCGACGGGAAUGGGUAGUACGGGUCAGCAUCACAUUACGGCCAGUGGGGGAGGUGGUGGUGGUGGUCACCAUCACCAUCAUCACAGUUCCGCAGGGCUGCUGGGUGUGAACCACAACAAUAAUAACACUAGCAAAGCAGCGCAGCAGAAUGCGGAUCGUGUUAAGCGUCCGAUGAACGCGUUUAUGGUGUGGUCGCGUGGUCAGCGCAGGAAAAUGGCCUCGGAUAAUCCGAAGAUGCACAAUUCAGAGAUCUCAAAGCGGCUCGGUGCACAGUGGAAAGAUCUGUCGGAGACGGAAAAGCGUCCGUUUAUUGAUGAGGCAAAACGGCUAAGAGCGGUACAUAUGAAGGAACAUCCGGAUUACAAGUACCGACCACGCCGAAAGACGAAGACACUGACGAAAGCAAAGGAAAAGUAUCCGCUCGGUGUUGGCUCGCUUCUCGGUGGUGGCCAAACGACCGAGGGUAGUGGGAUGCGCGGAAGCGGAUCCUCCACCACGUUGGCAGCACAGCAGGCGGCGGCGGCAGCGGCAGCAGCGGCCGCAGCCGCGGCGAACCGUGAUAUGUACCACCAGAUGCCUCCAAAUGGCUACAUGCCGAAUGGAUACACGAUGAUGCACGAUCCGUCGUCGGCGGCGGCUUAUCAAUCGCAGCAGCACUACAUGAGCAAUUACCACCACCAUCACCGAUACGAUAUGGGUCAGAUGGCGGCAGCGGCGGCCGCCUCCGGUACUACCGCUGGUUCCUUGAACAGCUACAUGAAUGCCGGUUAUGGUGGUAUGUACGGUGGUGGAAGUGGUGGCGGUGGAGGAACUGUGUCCGGUGGUCAAACUUCUCCCUACGGAGGCAGCGUAGGUGGUCUCCAACAGCCCGGUUCACCGUACAGUACGACAAUUCAGCAGCAGCCCGGCUCACCGUACGGACUAAAUCAUCAACCCGGAAGCGCACUUUCCUGCCAAAGCCACAGUCCCAGUGAUUCGAGUGUGAAGUCGGAACCGGUCUCGCCUAGUCCGAUCGCGUCCGCCACCAAUAAUAAUCUAACGAUGAAGCGAGAAUACAUAGUUGGCGGAGGGCAUCAGCAGCAAUCGGCGGCUGCCGAUCUGAGUCAUUUGAUCAACAUGUACCACGUGCCGGAUAUGCAGCAAACAGGCGGAGCGGAUUUACAACAGCACCAUCGCAAUCAUCUAAUGCAACAUUACCAUCAGCAUAACGCCAGCAUAUCGCCCGAUCUACAAUCGCAGCACCAGCACCUCCAUCAGCAACAGCAGCAACAGCAGGUCCAACAGCAACAACAGCAGCAGCAGCAGGUUCUGCGAUCAAUGGCACCAAUCUCACACAUGUGAGAGUUGGCUGCAACCGCGACGGACCUCUUGGUACACCAUCAUCAUCAUCAUCAUAAUCAUAAUCAUCAACAGCAGCAACAACUCCGUGUGUCAAAAGCAGUGGUGUCGACAUCCCCAACUCUUACCGUUACAUCGA